AUGGAGACGGGCAGGAGCCGCGGCGGCGGCGCGGCUGUCAGCGAGCGCGGCGGCGGCGCGCGCGCGGGGGUCUGCGGGAGGCAGGAGCAGGCCGGGGCCCUCGCUGCAGACAUGGACUCGCAUUGUGAGUGCGCCGCGGAGACGCCCGCCGCAGAGCCGCCGUCGGGGAAGAUCAAUAAGGCUGCGUUCAAGUUAUUCAAGAAAAGGAAAUCGGGGGGCACCAUGCCCAGCAUUUUUGGGGUCAAAAACAAAGGGGAUGGGAAGAGCUCGGGGCCGACGGGGAUGGUGAGAAGCAGGACCCACGACGGACUAGCCGAGGUGUUGGUGCUGGAGGGCAGCAAGAAGGAGGAGCCGCCUGGCGGGAGCGAUCACAGCGGGGCCCGGCCGAUCCCCGGACCCCCCAAAGCCUCCGGGCCUGGCCUGGGCUCCCUGGCCAGCAGCUCGGUGGCCAAGUCCCACAGCUUCUUCUCCCUGCUGAAAAAGAACGGGCGAUCGGAGACCGGCAAGGGAGACCAUGCCGAGGCGAGCAAGGCUGGCGGCAAACAAAAGAGGGGGCUGAAAGGGAUCUUCAGCAGCAUGCGCUGGCACCGGAGGGACAAGCGCGGCAAGGAGGAGGAGGAGAAGGCGGUGCGCGCAGCGGGCCCGGGCAACCUGGUUCUGCCCGGCUCGCUCACCGCCAGCCUGGAGUGCGUCAAGGAGGAGCCGCCCCGAGCCGCGCGCCGCCCGGACAGCCCGGGCCAGGACGCCCCGCGACACGCAGCAGGUGAGCCCGCAGGGGGAGAGCAGGCGCCCGCGUCAGCCGAGAGCGCCCCGGAGCGGACCUGCCUCGAGGCCGGGAGCCCCACCGGCCCUGGCGAUCAAAGCUCCCGGGGAGAGGACGCCGAGGGGCAUCGGCGCGAGGAGAAGCCCGGGGCAGCCCUCGAGUCGGGAGCCGGUGAGGUCCAGGCGGCCGAGGAUGCGUCCAAGACAGGUGACGUUCCGAUAAAGACCGUCCCCCUUGUCGACUCCGAAGGUGGCAGCGGCCGGGCGUCUGCCGUCCCUGACCCUUCCUCUGUUGAUCCACCCUCAGACCCGUCGGCAGAUCGUAUUUGUUUGAUGUUUUCUGACGUGACUUCACUGAAAAGCUUUGACUCUCUUACAGGCUGUGGAGAUAUUAUUGCAGACCCAGAAGAGGAGGCAGGCCCCAGCUGUGACAAGCAUGUCCCCGGGCCAGGCAAGCCAGUUCUCUCUAAAAAGAACGCCAGCGUGGUGGCCUACCAAGGAGGAGGGGAGGAGAUGGCCAGCCCGGAUCAGGUGGACGACACCUAUCUCCCGGAAUUCUGGGACAUGUUGUCCCAGACUGAGGACCAAGGGCAAGGAACUCAAGAAGGUGCAGCGAAGGCAGCCACUGUUUCGGACACCAAGUUGGCCCCCGAGACCUCCAGUGAUACCCGGUGUGGGGAAGCAGCCAAGGACGCGUCCUCGGUCAAGCGCAGGAGGCUCCACAGAAUUCCCAUUGAGUCCCAGCAGAAGGAGGAGCCCAAACAUCCGGAGAAGGAGCAUCAAGAAGGUGUUCCUAACAGCGAUGAGGGCUACUGGGACUCCACCACUCCUGGCCCUGAAGAAGAGAGCAUCAGCAACAGCAGCAGCAAGAAGGUGGUCAUCCCCAGGGAUAGCGACAGUGGCGAUGCUCUCUGCGAUCUCUACGUUGAACCUGAAGCAAGCCCAGCCACCCUUCCUGCCACAGAGGACACACCCUGCUUGUCCCGGCUAAAGCCGGUGUCUCCAGGCACCAUCACAUGUCCUCUGAGAACACCAGGCAGCUUGCUGAAGGACUCUAAAAUCCCUAUUAGCAUCAAGCAUCUCUCCAACCUUCCGUCCAGCCAUCCGGUGGUGCACCAGCAACCAGCCAGGAGUGAGGUGCCCAGAACAAAAAUCCCUGUUUCCAAAGUGCUGGUCCGUAGGGUCAGCAACCGGGGCUUGGCUGGGACCACCAUCAGGGCGGCAGCAUGCCAUGACAGUGCCAAAAAGUUGUGAGGUCCCCAAGGCCAAGGAGGAUGGAUGGGCCAUAUGUUAAGGAAUACAACUUUCCCCUGGAAACCACUGAAGGAAGUUCGCUUUCUCCAAAGCAAAUCAUUUAGGACCCACCCUUCUCCAUAUGGCCUAGAAGUCUUUGUUGGAGACAGGGACAGGACACCCUGGAAAGGGGAUGUUACACCUGGAGUUCAGAUAAGUUUCUGAGAAUUCUUUUCUAGCGCCUUCCCUUUUCUUUUAACCUUUACAGAAGAUCUGGGCUUUCUCCUCCUCUUCUUCCUCUUCUUCCUCCUCUUUCUCCUCUCCCUUCUCUUCCUCCUCUUCCUCCCCUUCCUCCUCCUCCUCCUCUUUGCCUUUGCAGAAAAUAAGAUUUAACCAAAUCUAACAAAAGAAAAAAAAAAUCCCACCAGGAUAUCAGGCUGUUCUAGAGUCAAGAGGGCCUUUCGGAGUCACUGAACAACAGGAUUCUUGCCUUUCUUUCCAGGAAAGAAAAAAAAAAAGACCUUUGCUUUAUCACUGUGUGGAAAACACCUCAAAGCUAAAGCUCCAUGUAGCUGUGUGACUAGACCAGGGGGCUGCUGACCUGCAGAAAGCCCCCAGCUUCCAAUGCCAGAUAUGCAAAUAGGGAAGGAAAGCUCUAUCUCUAGGAAGAAAACAGAGGUUUAGUAUGGCUGGCUCAGAUCGUUUGUCUGAGGAGAAAUAAAAGGCUCACGAGUAGUUUAUGUGUUUUUUUUGUUUGUUUGUGUAUUUUUUUUUUUUUUUUGGAUCCACUCCUCCCUCUUGGUGCAAAAUUCAAGAUCAGGGAAAGAUCUCACUAAAUGCUAAUUACACAGUAUUUUGACGUUUGUAAACUUCAACCUUCUUAUGUACAGCUAAUGCAUACUUUACCGUUUAUCUCAUGCUUAACAUUUUUCAACCUGUGAUUAUAUAGGAUUUAAAGUCUGGUCUUAGAGCUGGAUAUGUUGACAAACCAUUGAGUUUCUUUAUGUACUAUAGCUUGGGGCAGUGCUGCUUUUGACUUAUUAGGGUUCUUUGCACACACAAAGACACUCUCUCUCUCUCUCUCUCUCUCUCUCUCUCUCUCUCACACACACACACACACACACACACACACACACACACACUAUUGAUGCCCUUGAACAGUGGUUUUCCUGGCCUUGGUUAAAAGUCUGCUUCUCAGCCCAAACCAGAAAUUUUACCUGGUUUAUAAAAUGUUGGAUCCAAUCAUUUCUCCAAAGAUAUGUCCAAAAUGAACAUAUCAAGAAAUAUAGAAAAAUUCAAGUUUAAGACUAUUAUUUUAAAAAUAAAUUAAAAAUAAAAUAAAAAAAUUUUAAAAGCUAUUAUUUUGACUUUUGCUAUACAAACCUAUGCCUGAGACAGGUGUGUUCUCCAUAAGAUACUGCCAAACCUAAGUAUAUAAACAUGCUACUAAAUGACUUUUUGAGAAGGGGUUUGAUUGGAUAUUUGCUUUCUAAUGUUUCAGCUGACACUUUGAAGCCUUGGCAGGCUGAACCAUACAGAGAAGGGGUUUCUAGGAUGCUAUUAGGAUCUGCUGAUUAAACUGAUAUCCUUCUGCGGAUACACUUCAGGGCAUUUAACUCCAAGGGCCGGAGCUGCUUCUACCAGAGGUGCUGCGGCUCAUUAGGAGAUGGCACAGAUCCCAGUGACCCGGCAUGUGUGUGAAUGAUAGGAGCAGCGUGUAAUUCGGGUUCUGGAGAGAUGACUAACAAAUGGUCUGCUAUUUUGUGUCUUAAGAUUUUAGUUAUAUUUUGUAAAAGAAAAAAAAAAGCGAAAUAUAUGAAAACUUAUUUUAAUAGUAUGAAGAAAGCAAAAUUAAGUGGCCAUCAAGGAAAACUUGACAAGGCACAGAGGAGCCUAUUGCUAUUUCUGAUUUGUAGUGAUUCGGGGGGCUUCGAAGAGGGGGGCAGAGGUCUGCUGUAUACCUUAGUCAGAUUGUUGACUCUCACCGUAUGGUCUCAGGUCCUUGCUAUUGUCUCAAAGCAAUGCUUUAUUUUUUAAUUUCCUUGUAUUUAUAGAUGGGAUUCCCACCACCCCCGCCAUGUGCUCACCACCCCAAGCAUUCUAGACUCAUUAUCAGACACCAUACAAGCAUCUCAACUAUGCUCAGGAAUUCAUCUGCAUAAAAAGUAACAGACAAAAGACAUCUCAAAAUAGUUGUGGUUGGACAAUAUUUUGAAAUUUAUUUCUGCCCUUGAGAAAAGACUUUCAGUUUGAUUAAUAUUGAUAGAAAUGUUUAGACCCAAGAUGCAUUUGUUUUCUCCUAGAAGUGGAGAGAAUAUACAUUUUACUGCUAGCAGGAAAACAAAGGACCUUUUUUUUUUUCUUAUGCUUUUCCCUGUAAAGAUUAUACUCACCUUUGCACAACUCCAUGGCUGGGUUUUGUUUUCAUUCAGUGUAGGAAAGGUAACAUAGGAAGAAUGAGAUCAGAUACUGUCAGAGUAAUGGCAGCUGGUUGCUAAAGCAACAGGAGCCACUCUUCCAAGUGUUCCAGACUUGGGGGCUUAUCUGUACAUUCGCCUCUAUGCCAUCCUCUCUUUGUAAGUGAAGGAAAAUUUUUAUCUUCAUUUCCCCUGGCAAUUAAUCACUUACCUAAGACCUCAAAUGUUUAAUUUAUACUUUUCACCACACUUUUUUCUUCCUCUGAUUUUUCUCCUUUACCCUGUUCGUUUAAGAACAACAGCCGUGCCAGUCUAGUAAAGGGCUUGGUAAUGAAUUAAAUGUCCCUAGCCAUGAGCAGGUGGGAUGGUGGUCAGUCUUCUCCAAACACAGAAAAGGGAUCAGAAUUGCUUCCUCGUGCCAAGGGUUGCUUUGCUUUAUCUGUGUUUGCAAAAAAAAAAAAAAAAAAAAAAAAACUUCUAGAUUUACACUCAAGUGUUUAUGAAUGUGUUAUUGGAUAGCCUUCUAAGGAUUGGGCAGGCCUCUUUGCUAUGGGUUGUUGUUUUUUUAUUUGUAGAGAAAGGUCAGACAUGAGCAAAUGAUGCGUUCUUGGUAUGUACAGUUCUAAGGGUCAUUGGGUUGGCACUCUUUGGGCAAAGAACUGCCUAACAUGAGAGCACAAGAAGCCAAAUCAAUUGUUGGGCAGGAAUUUGUCAGUGUAAUGGCUCUGCAUAAGGCAGCCUGACUUUAAUGUCUAACACACACACAAUGUAAAGCCAACUUAGUUCUGCUUUAACUCUAUUGGCAAUAGAAGCCCUUAUUCUCUCUCUCCAUCAGGGAAUGGGAGACAUUUCUGUUUGCUACAGCAUUUCAAAACAUCCCAAGAGGAAAUAAAUUUUUAUAACUUCACGCAAUAACAAUGGAGUAAAGAUCACUCCAACUUCCUGGAGAUGCAUUUUGCACAAAAGUUAUCUGCCGACUGACAUGCAAAUAAAUACAGGUUCCAUAUUUCGCAUGUGCGGACGUCUAGACCAUCUUGAAAGGCUCCCUCACUCAUCUCAGUUAUUUUUGAUUCCUUGAAAUCAAUAUGCAAAGAGCCCUUCGCUGACUCAAUUGUCAAGGUCAAAAGGCCCUAUCAGGUGUCAGGAUGCCUCUGACCACACUUUCUGGAGUUUUCCUUGUUUCCAUCUCUCCGGAGAAGCUCCUCACUGAGCGCUCUCUGGAGGUUGACUUGUGUGGCUGAAUCUCUCCUAUUUUGUUCAUCCAAGUUGCUUGCUGCCCUGGGACAGUGAGAUUAUCCCCCUCCCUAUGUGGUUGGCCUUCUGGACCGUGCUAGCAUGCACCUCCUGUGCUUUCAACCGUUAUAAAUACCUGCCUUGCUUUGGGAAUGGGAGGACUUGGCUCACUGUGCUUGGCCUCUACUGAGACAUCUUUUUACACACUCUGCUUCCCUCAUGGGUGCUUAAAAAUUAACUCAAGAAUUUCCAGUUACCUCCCCCUGUUGCCAGAAUGGCCAUUUAGAAGGCUGCAUAAGAACUUCAAAUACCACGCUAACCUUGGUCCCUCCCUUUCCCAGCCACCAAGAAAGGACUCUGUUAUUUGUGUAAAUUCAGCCUUAGAAAUUUCCCAUUUACUACACAAAAAUUUGUAUGGACCAGCAUGGGCAAGCAAGGUCUUAGCAAGGUGUCUCUUGGAUUGUGUGUGGCAGAAAGGAGCCGCCCAGGAGCACCUCGGGGUGCUCGUGUGUCCUCAGAGUGGUCACUGGUUGUGUCAUUUGGCCCUGCUCUCAAUACUUUCAGUGGCUGUCAGUUCUUGAGUGAAUCUCUGGGGCCUUCUGCUCAGGUGAUGGUUCAAAGGAAGUAGUGUGUUGCAACAAUAGCCACUUAGGAAGGAAGUGAUUGCUCCACCUGCACACAGACGAAGCCUUCAAAAGGUAGUCUGGGAACUGAAUUAGGGAGAGGAGUUCUCUUUUGAACUAAAACAGGGAAGAUGAAAGUGUCACAAAGCCUCCAGCUGACAGACAAGCAGCUUUUAUGAUAUUGGCUUGAAUCCAAUGCAACCCAUAUCUCCAGGACAUGUACUAUAUUCAAUACUUAAUAAUAAUAAUAAAAAGCACAGUUGGGGGAUUACAUGUUGUUGUGCUGUUUUCUCAAUAAUCAUUAAAACUCAUCUCUCCUUUGUAUGUUUUUGCUUAUAGUUUGCAUGUUGGAGUAGAGUGCAGGUCAAUCAAGCCACAUAAACGUUCUAAAACUCCUGUGUGGCCGUGCUCCUGGGGAGCACUGAGAGUUACUCCACCCUAUCCCUAGCCAUGUGAGGUGAAAUUGUCUCCCUGGUAGGACUUUAAUUCAGACUUUUUUUUUUCUUCUUCAUUGCAGACUCUUUCUCUGUAUCUCCUCCUUUUCCUAGUCUCUGGGGCAGGGUUAUAAACUGUUUACUGUCCUGUGGGAGCACAAUUGCUAAGAGCUGCUGAAACCAUUGACCUCACUCCGAUUCUAACAGGACAAGCCACCUCACGUCCAAACUGAUGACGUUAGCUUUGUGUCACACACAGGGAGACGGACAGCUCCCUGUCCCUCUGGGGUCCAUAGGCAAACAAUUUGCUUCCUUCUCUUCGGAGCAUCCUCUCCAGCUAAGGAUUAGCUGGAAAGUACAGACAGAAGUCUCUUCUGUUGUCAUGGCAACACUCCUUCCCUGAUAAGAUUUUGGCCAUUCCAGGCACGCUUCACUUGUUUUCCUACCUUAAGCCUAGACCAGACCAGCCUUGUUCUGAGUAUUCUGGGUUAUUUUCAUUGUAGUAAGAACGUUCAGUAUGAAGUCUGUCCUUUUUAGUUUUCACGUGUACAAUACAGUACUUGUGAUCAUAGGCACACUGCUUAUAGCUUAUGCUUAGAGUUUAUGCAUCCUGGAGUAAGGGAUACUUUAUUGCUUGCUGACCAACAACUCCUCAUGCCCCCUUCCAGCCCCUUACCACCAGCAUUCCCCUCUCUGAUUCUAGGAGUUAGACUGUUUUAGACACCUCAGAACAAUGGGGUCUGGUAGGUUCUGUGCUUUUAUGAUUUGCUCAUUUCACUGAGCACAACAUCUCCAGAUAUCACAGCCACCCUGUCAUGUAUUUAAGAGUUCUUCCUUUCUGAAAGCUGGCUCCAUUGUACAGCAGGCAUACUCCACUGAAUGUGUCUGGUCACCUGUCAACAGACACAGCACUGUGUCUUGGCUACUUGAAUCAUGCCUCAGUGUAGACAAGGAUGGGAAAUAUCUUUUCAAGACUCCAACCUCAAGCCUUUUAGAUCAUACACAGAAGAAAUUGCUGAGUCUUACAGUAAUUCCAUUUUAAAGCCUUUGCGGACCAUUUUCACUGUUUCCCACAGCAGAUGUGCCAUUUUACACACCUAACUUCAGUUCACAGUUCCAAUUUCUCCCACCAUCAUCUUUUGUCUGUUGUCUACUUAAAUGGGGCGUGGCUGAGUCGUCCUUUGGCCUGGUCCCACUCUGAAUUCCAGAUGGCAGCACCUUCCAUCAUAAGUCAUCCAUCUCGCUUCCUCCGUGGCCCUGGAAUAUUGCUCUACAUUUUCCAAUGUAUUCAUUCACUCAACUGAUAUUUAUUGAGCACAUCCUAUGAUUGUAUGGUUAAUCCUACCAACUUCCAGAGGAAGCUCCCUGUAGUGUUAGAAGCCAUGCUGCUAACCUUGCUUUACAAUGUUCCCUGGUUUGCUUUGUCUACAUUUUCCAGAGGAAGAAACUGGUUCUUGAGAAGGUUGAAGGUCAUUGGGGCUCAGUGGGGCCUGAGCCAUGCUUUGAGUAACAGGGGCAGCCUUGAACCUGACUCCACAGCACAGGCUUUAAUUGGAGACCUUUUUUUUCUCAGCCCACAGUCACCUUUUGAAUUGCUCAUUUUAACUCAACUAGGAGAAUCCAACUCCAUUUUUAUGAUGGUGCAUAUCAUUUAAAUGAUUAUUUCAAUUAAAAAUUAACUUGGUUUUUAAAUAGCCAUCAAUGGUUUUCAUGAAAAACAAACAACCUCCCCCCCCCAAUCCUACAUUUCAAGUCUAAAAGGUUGAUCCAGGGCAAGUCAGCUUUUUCCUAUCUAGGCCAGUUAAAAUCUGGGGUCAUAGCCUCUAGUUAUUUAGAUUGUACUUAUGGACUAUACACUCUUAUCUCUGUUUUGCCAAUAAUAUAGCCAGAAAAGCAAUUUCAGUGCGGAAUCCAUUAGGCUUUGACCUUGUUUCCUCUCUCUUUGAUCUCAGUGAGAUACCUUUCUCAGUGUUUAGGGAAAAUUAGUUUGAAAUUGCAUCAAUAUAUCACAACUAACAAGAUUAUUUUACUCACUCACACAUUACCUACCUUUGGUCAACUUUUCUCUGCCCCAGUGUAAUGGGACACAGUGAGAAAAUCAAUGCCAGUUCUGGCUCUGUUGCAUCAUAAGCUGGGGAGUACUGGAAGGGUUAUUUAAAAAUUAACUUUCUCCUCCGUAAUACAGAACACAUAUUUGUAGUGCAGCCUUAGCUCCUGGUUCUUUGAGAUGCAUUCAACUGUCUCAGACAUCUUCAAGUCUGAGUCAUUUUAUAAACUAAAGUAGAACUAUCAGAAUACAUAUGGCAGGUAAACACAGCAUUUAUAGCAAAGGAGCAUGGGGGUGGGGACACAGCAUUAUCACGUGUGUACAAUUCUGGCACCUGUGACACCGCCCUGCUAGCUAGUUAGUUUUAAUGAAUGCUCUUAACUGCCUAAUUAACUACUGAAGAUUUUUUUGUUGCCUCCAGAAUAAAUUUAGCAGAACUGAUCUGAUUGAUAGUGGCGGAUUUAAGAAGAAUAUCAGUGAGAAUAGCUCUGACCUUAGAGCCCUAUGGGUUUCAUUUGUUAUCAGCAACCCACCAGCCUCCUCCGAGCUUCAGAUUGCCUGUCUGACUCCCAUACAGCAUCUCAGUGUGAUAUAAAAACAAAUGCAGCUUGUUUAGCAUCAGUGACUAAGGAAACCCAAGCAGAAACUCCACUUCUGUAGUAGUCUUCCUGCCAGGAGAGCCUCUGAGAACAGGGCUUGGCUACAUCACUUUUGUGCACAAGAGGAAAAAUCCUUAGUAACUGGUAGGUUUAUAGAUAUUAUUUUUAUAAUAGAAUGUUAAUCCCCUGAAAAAUAUCAAAAAUUAGUGUCCUAGAAUGAACUCUGUGCUUUCCAAACCUACUUCUAAGAAGGGUUAUAAACACCAAUAGGGUCCGUUUUCCUUCACUACUCCGAUGGUCUAAUGGGAUAGAUGAAUCAAUGUUUAUAUUUUUAAACCUGUAAAUAUUUUUAUUUUGAAUAUUUUGUAUAUUUGUUGAUAUAAUUCCAUUUUGUGCAUAUGUACUACUGUGCAUGUUGCUGGUUUUGAUAGUCACUCUUUUAACAAAUGUAAACAGGUUGGACUAAUGGGCUCUCUUCUUUCAUUCAUCUUACAAUGAAAAUAUAAUGUUGCCAUUUUAACUAUUGUGUUUAAAUUUGGUCAAUAAAUUCUGUUGCUCCUUUGCAGU